UACUGCUCAAAGGUCAAUAUGUUAUCAUACAACUUUCUUCGUAAUAAAGAUGAGUAACACUAUUAUCUGCUUCGGUAGAAAAUUGGAGCAUUUUAGUAGCACUUCACGCUCCAAACUAUCAUGCUUCAACCAAUCCUAUCGUGGUUUGAUAUCCACUUGUUUCCGUUUCUUGGUCUUUAGAGUGAACCCUUUCUGGGUUCAGCUUGCUUAUUUCAUAGUCCUGUCUUUGGUUGGCUUCGGGGCAUUGAAAAUGUCAAAGCCAAAAUCCGGCUCAGUUAGUCCUAAAAACAUAGACGUGUUCUUCACUUCUGUAUCAGCAACAACGGUUUCAAGCAUGUCGACUGUAGAAAUGGAGGUUUUUUCCAAUACCCAACUUAUUAUUAUAACUAUUCUGAUGCUGGUAGGUGGGGAGGUCUUCACUUCCAUGCUUGGACUUCUGUUGGGGAGGUUCAGGUUUGAAACACCUCCAAGUUUCGAUGGGGACAUUGUAAAUUCUAUUAGCAAUAGGGGCCUCCAAUCAGACUACAGCUUGACCUCAAAAAACAUUGCCCAGGAAGUGGAGUUGGGUAGGAUUACUUGUUCAGCCUUAGCGAAUGAGAAACCUAUCAAUGACUUAGAAAGUAACAAAAACUUGACUUCCGAUAUUAAGAGUCUCAAGUAUAAGGCCACUAGGUGUUUGGGGUAUCUGGUUUUCGGGUAUCUUUUAGUAGUCCACGCAGUUGGUUCUAGUCUAGUUUCUAUGUAUGUAAGCCUGGUUUCAAGCGCCAGAAAAAUACUGAAAACCAAAGGUAUUGAUAUACGAACAUUUUCUUUCUUCACUGUCGUUUCUACGUUCGCAAACUGUGGGUUUGUUCCAACAAAUGAAAACAUGAUAGUCUUCAAGAAGAAUUCGGGUCUUCUGUUGCUGCUAAUUCCACAAAUUCUUAUUGGGAACACUCUUUAUCCAGCUUGCCUACGAGCCUUGAUAUGGGUUUUGGACAAAAUGACAAAAAAGGUGGAGUUCAGUUACAUCCUGAAGAACUGGAAGGAGAUGGGUUAUAGUCAUUUACUGUCAAGCGUUCAUUCUUGUUUUCUUGCUGCCACUGUUUUUGGGUUGACAUUAGUUCAGUUUAUUCUCUUCUGCUCAAUGGAAUGGAAUUCAGAAACCAUGGAUGGUUUUAGUUCAUAUCAGAAAGUUGUGGGCUCGCUGUUUCAGGUGGUUAACUCAAGGUAUGCUGGUGAAUCGGUAGUUGAUCUUUCCACCAUCUCCUCAGCAAUCUUGGUGCUCUUUGUUGUUAUGAUGUAUCUCCCUCCUUAUACUUCCUUUAUACCAACAAAAUAUCAGAAAAAGGAAAUAGAGAAAGGAAGUCAAAAUGAAUCAGCAGGGAAGAGCAUUUUGGACUGUGUUUUGUUCUCUCAACUCUCAUACUUGGCCAUCUUCAUCAUCCUAAUUUGCAUCUCCGAAAGACAAAAAUUGAAGGAAGAUCCCCUCAACUUCAAUGUGUUAAACAUCACCAUAGAAGUCGUAAGUGCUUAUGGGAAUGUUGGAUUCUCAACCGGAUAUAGCUGUAAAAGACGAUUGAAAGGUGAGCAGUGGUGCACAGAUUCAUGUGCUGGCUUCGCGGGGAGAUGGAGUAACACCGGAAAGUUUAUCCUUAUUGUUGUCAUGUUUUUUGGAAGGCUAAAGAAUUUCAGCUUUAAAUGUGGUAAAGCUUGGAAACUCUCCUAACAAUCAAAGUAAUCACUAUAAAAAGCAUAAUGUCGAGCAAAAUAUAAACUACGCAGCUUUGCUUUUUUAAGUAUUCAAGGGUCUUCUCAUGUAUAAUUAUUGUGAGAGAGUAUACGUAAUUUUCAUGCACUAGUUUAAUCUAGUUACACAACAAUUUUUUAUCCGUUUAUGCACUAUAUUAUUUUAUUCCUACUUUAUAA